GACUUCGAUCGGGCCCUACGCUGGGCGUGGGCCAACCUGCGAAUGCGCAGUGUGGCAGCACGCGAGAGCGCGGGAAGCGGGCUGGGUCGGCGCUAGGUCUUCGCCUUUGCUCAGUUGCGGAGGCUUGGCGAGUGGAUAGGUAAAAGAAAAGAUGCCUGCUACACAGAAGCCGAUGAGAUAUGGACAUACAGAGGGACACACAGAUGUCUGUUUUGAUGAUUCUGGGAGUUGUAUUGUGACUUGUGGAAGUGAUGGUGAUGUGAGGAUUUGGGAAGACUUGGAUGAUGAUGAUCCUAAGUCCAUUAAUGUUGGAGAAAAGGCAUAUUCAUGUGCUUUGAAGAAUGGAAAAUUGGUCACUGCAGUAUCUAACAACACUAUUCAAGUCUACACAUUCCCUGAAGGAAUUCCAGAUGGUAUAUUGACUCGCUUCACCACAAAUGCAAACCAUGUGGUCUUUAAUGGGGAUGGUGCAAAAAUUGGUGCUGGAUCUAGUGAUUUCCUAAUCAAAGUUGUGGAUGUGAUGGAUUGUAGCCAACAGAAAACACUUAAAGGACAUGAUGCCCCUGUUUUAAGUCUUUCUUUUGAUCCUAAGGAUGUCUUUCUGGCAUCAGCUAGUUGUGAUGGAUCUGUCAAAGUAUGGCAAAUUUCAGAUCAGGUAUGUGCUAUUAGUUGGCCACUGCUGCAAAAAUGCAAUGAUAUGACAAAUGCAAAAUCAAUCUGCAGACUUGCUUGGCAGCCAAAAAGUGGGAAGUUACUUGCAGUUCCUGUAGAAAAAUCUGUUAAACUGUAUAGAAGAGAAACGUGGAAUAAUCAAUUUGAUCUUUCAGACAAUUUUAUCUCUCAGGCCCUGAAUAUUGUAACCUGGUCUCCUUGUGGGCAAUAUUUAGCUGCAGGGAGUAUUAAUGGUUUAAUUAUAGUUUGGAAUGUGGAAACCAAAGAUUGCAUGGAAAGGGUGAAACAUGAGAAAGGUUAUGCAAUUUGUGGCCUGGCAUGGCAUCCUACUGGUGGUCGAAUAGCUUAUACUGAUGCAGAAGGAAAUCUAGGGCUCCUGGAGAAUGUUUGUGACUCCAGUGGAAAGAUGUCGAGCAGUAAGGUAGUAAGUAAUACGGUAUCUAGCAGAGUCGAAAAGGAUUACAGUGAACUUUUUGAUGGAGAUGAUACAAGUAAUGCUGGUGAUUUUCUAAAUGAAAAUGCAGUUGAGACCUCUUUUUCAAAAGGGAUUCUAAAUCAUGAGGAAGUGGCUGAUGAUGCCAUGCUGGCUUCUGGUCUUCCUAGACAGCAAAGUUUCCUCCUUUACAAAGAUGAAUCCCCAAUUGGUGUUCCAGGGCUAAAAACUGUUGCUUCUUUUCUUGAAGACGUGGAAGAAGAUGAUCAAGCAGGCACAGUUCACGAGCUACCACUUAGAAUAUCCCAAAGGCCUUUUUAUGAUGGGCCUAUGCCAACUCCCCGGCAAAAGCCAUUCCAGUCAGGUUCUACACCCCUGCAUCUUACUCACAGAUUCAUGGUGUGGAAUUCUACUGGAAUUAUUCGCUGCUAUAGUGAUGAACAAGACAAUGCCAUAGAUGUGGAGUUCCAUGAUACCUCCAUACACCAUGCCAUACACUUACCAAACACUUUGAAUUAUUCAGUAGCAGAUCUUUCCCAUGAAGCUAUUUUGUUGGCAUGUGAAAGCACUGAUGACCUAGCAAGCAGGCUUCACUGCCUGCACUUUAGUUCUUGGGAUUCAAGCAAAGAGUGGAUGGUAGACAUGCCUGAGAAUGAAGAUAUUGAAGCACUGUGUCUUGGUCAGGGAUGGGCGGCUGCUGCCACUGGUGCCUUGCUCCUUCGAUUGUUCACUAUUGGAGGUGUUCAGAAAGAGAUCUUCAGUCUUCCUGGGCCUGUCGUGUCAAUGGCAGGACAUGGAGAACAGCUUCUCAUUGUUUAUCAUAGAGGUACAGGGUUUGAUGGGGAUCAGUGUCUUGGAGUUCAACUGCUAGAGGUGGGGAAAAAGAAAAAACAAAUUUUGCAUGGCGAUCCUCUUCCUCUUACAAGGAAGUCCUACCUUGUGUGGGUUGGAUUUUCAGCUGAAGGUACCCCCUGUUACGUGGAUUCGGAAGGCAUUGUUCGAAUGCUUAACAGAGGGCUUGGUAAUACAUGGACUCCUAUAUGUAACACAAGAGAGCACUGCAAAGGACAAUCUGAUCACUACUGGGUGGUUGGUAUCCAUGAAAAUCCCCAGCAACUGAGGUGCAUUCCUUGCAAAGGUGCUCAGUUUCCUCCCACCCUUCCGCGCCCUGCUGUAGCUAUAUUACCCUUUAAGCUUCCUUACUGUCAGACUGCAACAGAGAAAGGACAAAUGGAGGAACAAUUUUGGCGUUCAGUUAUGUUUCACAAUUACCUGGAUUAUUUAGCUAAAAAUGGUUAUGAAUAUGAAAAAAGCACUAAAAGUCAAGCAAUAAAAGAACAGCAGAGUCUUUUAAUGAAAAUGCUUGCGCUUUCUUGUAAACUGCAACGGGAAUUUCGUUGUGUGGAACUUGCUGAUCUAAUGACUCAAAAUGUUGUGAAUUUUGCAAUUAAAUAUGCUUCUCGUUCUCGGAGAUUAAUAUUGGCCCAAAGACUUGGUGAGCUGGCUGUAAAGAAGGCAGCAGAAUUGGCAAUAACCCAGGUGGGAGGGGAGGAGGACUUCAGAAACAAGCUGGGUGCUGGUUACAGUGAUAGUGCUACAGAGGAGAGCCAGCCAUGGUGCCGAACUCAGGUUGAGAAAGAUGCAGAGGACAGUGGAGAAACUGAUGAUGUAGAAGAAAAGCCAGAAACACAGAAGCCUGGACAGAACCCAUUUUCCAAAAGUGCAAAUUCCUCUGAUGUGCCAGCGAUUAAGUCAGUUACCUCUAGCAACCAAGGACGAGUAAACCCCUUCAAGGUAACAGCUAAUUCUAAAGAGUCAGCUGUUUCAGUGAAUUUAGCACGUUCAACUAAUAUUUUAGACAAUAUGGACAAAUCAUCCAAGAAGUCUGCUGCACUUAGUCGAGCUACGAACAGUGAAAAGUCUCCAGUUAUAAAGCCUCUAGUUCCAAAGCCAAAGUCUAAGCAGCCAUCUGCAGUAUCCUAUUUCCAGAAAAAAACUUCCCAAUCUGAUAAGACUGAGGAAAUGAAAGAAGAAAAUCCUAAAAAUUCAUCUUCUGAAGCCCCAUCUUUGUGUUCUCAAAACACUGAAAACCAAAGGCCAAAGACUGGGUUCCAGAUGUGGCUAGAAGAAAACAGAAGUGAUAUUUUGUCUGACAAUCCUGACUUUUCAGAUGAAGCAGACAUAAUAAAAGAAGGAAUGAUUCGAUUUAGAGUAUUGUCAGCUGAAGAAAGGGAGGCAUGGACUACCAAGGCCAAAGGAGGAACUUCAGUUAAUGGAAUUGAAGCAAAGAAGCGAAAACAUGUUGUCGAAGAAAGUCAUGAAGCUGAAAACCAGAAAGAAAAAGCAAAGGAGAAUCUGAAUUUGCCUAAAAAGCAAAAACCUUUAGAUCUUUCUACCAACCAGAAACUGUCAGCUUUUGCAUUUAAGCUGGAAUAGAGUAAGGAAGUGACCUUAGGAAAGUAUUGGCAUUUUACUCAAUCUCUGAUGAGUCUGGACUUUCAUUUUCUUUUGUUUUUAAUCUUUAGGAAACUCCUUAUAUAUUUUUAAAAGAGCUUAAAGACAACUGUUUUUAUAAGAUAAUAUAGUAAUGAUACUGGUAUAGGUAACUGAGCAUGUGUAAAAACUAUCAUCUCUGCAGAUUGCUCUGCCCCCAAAUAGAGGUCAUUCAGAAGCAUUCUGAUUGAGGUCACUGACUUCAGGCCAAUGGCAUGUACCAAUGGAAAGUAAUUUUAUUUUGCAUAUUACCUUCAAAAUUACCAAAAUAAAACUUCUGAGCAUUGAAGUACCUCCUAGGGUUUUCCUCGUUUGUUAUGUUGUGAACUGGGAAGUGCCGCAGCAGUCCUCUUUCCAAGUGUGUCACUUUGGGCUGCUCUUUCUGUGUCUGGACUGGACCGAGGGGACUGUGUUUCUAAUAUGGGCCUUAAACAUGUUAAAUUAUUUUGUAGAUGAGACUGUUUUGGGAAUUUUUUCCUAGUUGACUUUCAGUUGUCUGUCUGUACAGCCUGGUUUUUUAACAAAUAAAACUUUCACGUUUACAUAUUUA